CGGAGGGCGCCCGUGUGCCGGGUGGGCGGCGGGAGCGUCCGCGAGCUGGCGGGAGGGCUCCCUGGAGUAGCCAGAAGUGGAUUCCAUCAUGGCAGAACUCAAGGUGGAGACCCGAGCCAGCGUAGACUGGCAGAAGCGCUGCCUGGCCUUGGAAACCCAGCUCUUCCGGUUCCGCCUGCAGGCCAGCAAGAUCAGGGAGCUGCUGGCUGACAAGAUGCAGGAGCUGGAGCAGAGGCUGCUGGAGGCAGAGCAGAGAGCAGAGAAUGCGGAGACCCAGGUGGGUGUGAUGGAGGAGAAGGUGAAACUGUCCAAUCUGAAGAACGUGGACUCAGCCGGCAGCCUGCACCGGAAGUACCAGGAAUUGCUGAAAGCCAUGCAGAGCAAAGAUGAGCUUAUCAGCCAGCUGGAGGCACAGCUGGAGAAACAGAAGCAAAUGAGAGCUGAAGAAGCAAAAGUUGUCCAAGAAAAAGCUGCAAAGAUCAAAGAAUGGGUGACCCUGAAGUUAGCAGAGCUUGAGAUGGAGAAUCAGCACCUGAGGAGCAGUAAUCAGCAGUUGGUAGAGCAGGUGGGAGCCCUUCAAGAUGCUCUAGAAGCUCUUCAGAUGGCACCUUCGGGAAAGCUGUUGGUGGCCCCCCAGGAAACCCCAGAGCAGGAUUCUGGCUCUUCGGGGCCAGGGACCCAGCCAACAGGGCAGGACCGUGGUCCUCAGGCCCAGGGUGCCCUGAAGGCAGCUAUGCCUGCACCUUCUACAGGUGCUCUGCAGAGCAAGGACUGUGUUCCUAAAGCAGGAAUUUCCUUGGAGGAUUCGAGUUCCAUCAUGGUCCAUCCUGGAGAAAUAUCAGAGGCCAAGACCUUUCCACCUCGUCUGGGAAGAGAGGGUUCUCCCCGCCGGCUGUGUGUGAAGUCUCGCACCCACAGACAUGGUUCAGCUUCCUGGGGUGAGGGCCUGGUCAUUGCUCAGGGUGGGACACUCCCUGGGACAAAGAACUCUGCCAGGGAAGGUGGUCCAGGCUGCAGCCUGACUCUCCCGAAGGUGCGGGCCCCCAGCAACCCCCGGGACAGCAUCCAGCUGGCCAAGCGGCACCACAGCCAGCCCCAGGUGGGCCCUGGGCCCUUCAACCACGUGGUGAGCAUUGAGGUUGGGACCCUCUCAGCCCUCCACCCCUCCAGCCUUCCUGAGGUGGAGGCCCGAGCUGAGCUCCGGGAGGAACCAGAAAACAUGGAGAUGGAGGAGCAACCCCCAGCCGGGAAGAAGGAGGAAAGAAAGAGCCCGAAGGCCCCCAGAGCUAAGCCGGAGGAAGUGGAUUUGGGCAACAAACCUCCCACACCCCCUCUGCACCGGUUUCCAUCCUGGGAGAGCCGGAUCUACGCGGUGGCUAUGGCUGGCAUGCGGCUCUCAGACGCAUCUCCCAGAACUAUUGCCACCUGUUGCGCUUCAAGCCCUCCUGCCCUUGCGUCCCCUGGGCCUUUCUCUGGCCUUGUCUACAAGAAUGUCACCGUGCCUGUCUACACAGCCCUGAAGGGGAGAGCCACGCAGAUCAGCACUGUACCCUUUGUGGACGAGUCCUCUGGGUCUGACGAUGACUGUAGCUCUCAGGCGAGUUUCCGAACUUCGGUCCCCUGCUCUGAGUCCAGGAAGACCAGUGGACUGGGCAGCCCUCGGGCCAUCAAGAGAGCAGGCGUCUCCAUGUCCUCGCUGAGCUCCGAGGGAGACUACGCCAUCCCCCCAGAUGCCUGCUCGCUGGACAGUGACUACUCAGAGCCUGAGCACAAACUACAGCGCACCUCGUCCUACUCCACCGAGGGGCUGGGCCUGGGCGGGGAGUCCCUGGAGAAGUCGGGCUACCUGCUAAAAAUGGGGAGUCGGGUGAAGACGUGGAAGAGGCGCUGGUUUGUCCUGAGACAGGGACAGAUUAUGUACUACAAGUCCCCGAGUGAUGUCAUCCGGAAACCUCAAGGUCAAGUGGAACUGAAUUCCCGUUGCCAAAUUGUUCGAGGGGAGGGUGCACAGACAUUCCAGCUUAUCUCUGAGAAGAAAACCUAUUACCUGACGGCUGACUCACCCAGCCUGCUGGAGGAGUGGAUCCGAGUACUGCAGAGCCUGCUGAAGGUCCAGGCCAUUGGGCCUCUGGCCCUGCCGCAGGGUGGCAUCAAGCCCACCGUGAAGGGCUGGCUGACUAAGGUAAAACAUGGCCACUCCAAGCUGGUCUGGUGUGCUCUUGUUGGGAGAACCUUCUACUACUAUCGGAGCCAUGAGGACAAGCGACCCCUGGGCCAUCUGCCUGUGCGGGAUGCACGCAUAGAGGAAGUAGAUCGAUCCUGUGACUCAGACGAAGACUAUGAGGCUGGCGGAACCAGGCAGUUGCUUUCCUCCCACUGCACCCUGGUGAUUCACCCCCGAGAGCACAGCCCUACCUACCUCCUCAUUGGCACCAAGCAUGAAAAGGACACGUGGCUUUACCACCUCACGGUGGCUGCAGGUGGCAGCAGUGCCCGGGUUGGCACUGCCUAUGAGCAGCUCAUUGGGAAACUGAUGGAUGGGGAGGGAGACCCAGAUUCCCCUCUCUGGAGGCACCCCAUGCUGUGUUACAGCAAAGACGGGCUAUACACCUCCCUCACCACCCUGCCCUCCGAGGCCCUGCAGACCGAGGCUCUCAAGCUCUUCAAGUCCUGCCAGCUUUUCAUCAACGUGCCUGUGGAAGCAGCCUCCGUAGACUAUCACGUGUCCCUGGCCCAGACGGCACUACAGGUCUGCCUGGUUCACCCCGAGCUGCAGAGCGAGAUCUACUGCCAACUGAUGAAGCAGACCAGCUGCCGCCCACCUCAGAAGUACUCCCUCAUGCAGUGCUGGCAGCUCCUGGCUCUGUGUGCCCCACUUUUCCUGCCUCAGCACCACUUCCUCUGGUACAUCAAACAGCAGCUCCAGCGCCAUGCAGAUCCCACAAAUGAAACUGGCCAGUAUGCCACCUACUGCCAGCGGGCAGUGGAGCGGACUCUACAGGUGGGGGAGCGGGAGGCCAGGCCGUCACGCAUGGAAGUGGUGUCCAUCCUGCUGCGCAACCCCUUCCACCACUCCUUGCCCUUCAGCAUCCCCGUGCACUUCGCCAAUGGGACUUACCAGGUGGUUGGUUUUGACGGCUCCUCCACAGUUGAUGAGUUCCUCCAGCGUCUGAACCAAGAGACGGGCAUGAGGAAGUCAUCCCACUCUGGCUUUGCCCUCUUCACAGAUGACCCUUCUGGCAGGGACCUGGAACACUGCCUGCAGGGGAGCAUCAAGAUCUGUGAUGCCAUCUCCAAGUGGGAACAGGCCCUGAAGGAGCUGCACUCUGGAAAGGCUGAGGGUGGCACACGUGUGGUGAAGCUGAUGUACAAAAACAGGCUGUACUUUCGGAGUCAAGUCAAAGGGGAGACGGAGCGGGAGCGGCUGCUGCUUGCCUCCCAGACUAGCGGGGAGAUAGUGGCAGGGAGGUUUCCUGUCAACAAGGAGCUGGCUCUCGAGAUGGCUGCCCUGAUGGCCCAGGUAGAAUAUGGAGACUUAGAGAGGCCCACCCCACCAGGCCCUGGGAGCACACCCCCUGCCAAGCUUCAGCAUCACCUCCAACAAGUCCUAGACAGGUUCUACCCAAGGCGCUACAGACACGGGGCACCCCCUGAACAGCUGAGGCACCUGGCAGAUCUGCUGACCACAAAGUGGACCGCACUGCAAGGCUGCUCCCCUCCUGAGUGCAUCCGCAUCUACCUGACAGUGGCCCGGAAAUGGCCUUUCUUUGGUGCUAAGCUUUUUGCUGCUCAGCCUGCACAGCUGUCUUCCAAGGAGAAUGCUCUGGUGUGGAUUGCUGUGAAUGAGGAUGGGGUCAGCAUCCUGGACCACAGCACUAUGCAUGUGCACGUCACUUACCCCUACUCUUCAGUAAUGACCUUCGGUGGCUGCCGGGAUGACUUCAUGCUUGUGAUCAGAUCCAUUCUGGACCAGAGCUCUGGAAAAGGCCACACUGAGAAGUUGCUCUUCCGGAUGGCUGCUCCCAAGAUUGCAGAGGCUACCUUCAUCAUGGCCAGCUACAUGAACCAUUGCUCUCCAACUGUGAACCCACCUACGAACCCACCUGCUGCCCGCCAGCUACGGGAACUGGACAGACAGCAGCUUUUUGCUUCUGUUCCAUGUGCUGCCAGAGGGCCAACGCUGCUGUGAAUAUUUGUCCUACCCCUCUCCCCCUCCAACCACCUGGUGCCUCUGUGAUCAGAGAUUGGUGUCCUGGGGUGUGAUACUACUGUGAUGGGGUGUAACAGCCCUCCCCCAGCCUGUUCUGUGAAAUGUGUUCUUUCACUUUCCAUGAAGCCUU